CACUGAUGAUCAGUGUGCCCUGAUGAUCUGUGUAGCCCCAGCAGUGCCACCUGUCAGUGUCCAUCAGUGCCAGCUGUCAGUGCUCAUCCAUGCCACCUGCCAGUGCCCUUCAGUGCCACAUAUUAGUGCCCAUCUGAGCUGCCUUUCAGCGUCACCCAUCAGUGCCAUGCCAGUCAGUGCCGCCAGUCAGUGCCGCCUAUCAGUGCCACCUAUCAGUGCUGUCUUUCAGUGCCCAUCAGUGAUGCCUGUCAAUGCCCAUCAGUGCCACCUACCAGUGCCUCCUCAUCAGUGCCCAUCACUGCAGCCUAUCAGUGCCCAUCACUGCAGCCUCAUUAGCGCACAUCAGUGAAGGAGAAAAAUCACUUAUAUACAAAAUUUUAUAA